GAUGAGACGGAAAGAGUUGGAGUUCUCAGCGGAUCUGGAUUCUUUUAAUAUAAAUAAUGGUGAUUUUGACUGUAAACAACUAAACUACGAAGACUUGAAGACAAUAAAGAACCUUGGAUGCGGAGCAUAUGGUUCAGUAAACUUAGUAAAGCAUACUAAAUCAGGUAAAUUAUUUGCUGUUAAAAGAAUGACUAUGGCUUUAUAUAAAGAGGGAAGAGAUAGGUCUUUGAUGGAAAUUCAAGUAGCAUCCGAUAGCAGGGAUUGUCCGUUUACUGUAAAUUUUCUUGGUUAUUUAAACUUGAACGGUGAGUUAUGGAUGUUUAUGGAGAGCAUGGAUAUGUCUUUGAAUGAAUUAAAAGGAAAUAUAUUAAAUAAUACUGCGGAAUAUUUUAUACCUGAAGAAAUAAUUGGAAAUAUUUCAUUUCAAAUAACAAGUGGACUGUAUUAUCUUCUAAAUGAUUUGAGUAUUUUACACAGAGAUGUUAAACCAUCAAAUAUUUUGAUUAAAAAUUCGGGUAGGGUGAAAAUAUGCGAUUUUGGUAUUUCAUGUAAAGUUAAAAGUGAUGAAUUUCAAUCGUCGUAUAAUGUUGGAACAAUGUCAUAUAUGGCACCAGAGAGAUUACAAUCAGAUUCUUUAUCUCAAAAAUCAGACAUAUGGAGUUUAGGUAUAACUGUGUUAGAAUUUACAACCGGUAAAUUCCCCUACAGAAAAUGGAGCAAUAUAUUUGAAGCUUUAAAUGAUUUGUGUAAUCAGCCAACCCCCGCAUUGCCACCUAAAAAGUAUUCAGCAGAAUUUAAUGAAUAUUUAAAUAGCACUUUAAAUAGAGAAGCAGAUAAGAGAAAAGAUUAUAUAAACCUAUUGAAAAUGAACUUUUUGGUUAAAAAUAAGGAAUAUAAAAUUACAGAAUUUCUUCAAAUAUUUAUUCAAACUACUCAAGACGGGGAAGACCCCAAUUUCCUUUGA